GCAAAAACUUCGAUCUCCAGUCGGUAUAUAAAAGUAUUGGUAAGAAUGAGUGAGUCUCAAUCGAAGAAAGCCAAGAUGACGAACUCAUUGACGCAGUUAAAGGAAAUCACAACAAUUGUCGCCGAUACCGGUGACUUUCAAGCUAUGGAACAAUUUAAGCCAAUAGAUGCAACAACCAAUCCUUCCUUGAUUCUUGCUGCAGCUAAUCAGAAAAAAUAUGCUCAUUUAAUAGAUAAAGCUAUACAAUAUGGAAAAAAAUCUGGAACCACUUUGACAGAACAAGUUUCAACAGCUUUAGACAUCACAUGUGUUCUAUUUGGUAAAGAAAUUUUAAAUAUUAUACCUGGUAGAGUUUCCACGGAGGUAGAUGCUAGACUAUCUUUCAAUAAAGAAGCCAGUAUUGAAAAAGCAAAACGAUUAAUUGCUUUAUACGAAGAACUUGGUGUAAAUAAAGAUCGUGUGUUAAUCAAGCUUGCUUCUACUUGGGAAGGUAUUCAAGCAGCAAAAGAACUGGAAGAAAAAUAUGGAAUUCAUUGUAAUUUAACACUUUUAUUUUCUUUUGCACAAGCAGUUGCAUGUGCAGAAGCAGGUGUAACUCUUAUAUCACCAUUUGUUGGUAGAAUUUUAGAUUGGUAUGUGACAAAUACAGAUAAAAAGUCUUAUGAAUCAAAAGAAGAUCCAGGUGUUUUAUCUGUAACUAAAAUUUAUAAUUACUAUAAAAAGUUUGGAUAUAAAACAGUUGUUAUGGGUGCUUCAUUUAGAAAUACUGGUGAAAUUACGGAAUUGGCCGGCUGUGACUUUUUAACUAUAAGUCCCAAAUUAUUGGAAGAAUUGGAAAAGAGUAAUGUAUCAGUUCGCAAAGUACUUACAGUAGAAACAGCAAAAAAAUCUGAUCUACAAAAGAUUAGUUUGAACGAAGCUGAAUUUAGGUGGCUUCUUAAUGAAGAUCAAAUGGCAACAGAUAAAUUAAGUGAAGGUAUUCGCAAAUUUGCAGUGGAUGUUCGCAAAUUGGAAAAGCUACUGCAAGAGAAAAUACAAUCUUAAAUAUAAACAAAAUACCUUUUUUUGGCAUAUUUAUGUAAUGUAUGUUCUAUUGUAAAUAACAGUACUAAAAAAUAAUAAUUAUUUCAAGUAAUAAGUUUUCAGUAUAUGAUACAUUCCACUCUUUGUACUU